AUGGCGAGUGAUUGUCGACGCCCACUCUGGGAGCUGAGUCCGGCCCGGAAAGCGGCCGCCGAGGCCAACAGGGCGGUGCUGAAGGCCCGGAAGGCCGAGGCCGGCAAGCCAAGGCCCGCCCCCCGCCUCCUCCGGCCAACGUUGUUUCCUGCGUUGGGAGACAGUUUGAGCGGAGGCGGGGGCGGGCCAGGCCUGUACGCCGGGAAAAUACAAAAACAAGGCCGCCUGCAGCCCCUCUUGGCCUGGCCCCCAGUCGAGGGCCCACUGCCCACAGUGGGCAAAGCCGAGGAGCGCCCGGGCUUGGGCGGGCCUUCUUGUAGGGCCAGGAGGAGGCCCCACGCGCAGGGCGAGCUCCGGCCUCUCCUGCUGCCCGCCCUGGAUCCCCCGCGCCAGCCCCCGCCAACCGCCAACAUCCGGGGACUCCACCAGGAGGAGCACUUCCUGCCGGAGAUCCGGCCGACCUCCGGACUGCGGGAGCUAGAACCUUUUCAGGAAGUGAUUGUCCGUUCUCCCAAGAUGGAACAGGAGCCAUCAGGUGCGGAAGACAUGGACCUCUUCAUGGACGUUGAACCGGACAGCGAUGGGGACUCAAACUUGCUCACACCUCAGGGAGGAAGGCAGACUGGAUUUCAACACAAGCCUCUCUCAAGAUAGAGCCACUGAGUACCUGCUGGAAAAGACAGGCAUCGUCUCUGGGCCAAGCUUCGCCCCGAGGCCAAAUCUCUUCCUGCCUGCCAUGUUGCAGGGAUAUGAGUGCUCGUACUGUGGCAAGCGGUGGCAAUGCCGAUCCAAGCUCCUCCGGCACCUCAGAACCCACACGACUGCGGGAAGAGCUUCAGUACCAGCUCGCACCUCAUCCAGCACAAAAGGGUGCACACGGGUGAGAGGCCGUACAGCUGCAAAGACUGCGGGAAAAGCUACCGGCGCCGGGCCUCCUUGGUCCAACACGAGAGAGAAAAGUGCCAGAAGGGAAGCCCCUUGAGUGCUCCGGCACCGCCGGUGGGUUACGUAGUGUUAGGGAACUGCACUUUGCUGUGCAUGAAGAAGACGGCGCAAGGCAGGAGGAACCGGGCGAUUGCUCCGGAGGGUGGGGAAGCACCUUUGACAGCUCAGCCCUUAAAUAUCUUAACAGGAUGUCCUCAAGAGAGGAGCGACGCUGACCAUUAAAGAACGAGGUAAAAUCCCCCUACAGACGGGGGCUCGCUCGAUGAAAGACAUGGGAAAGAGAGCAACCCGGAGAACGGCGACAAUUAAUAGUUCUAAAAGCAUGAGACUUGUGAGUGUCGGUUCUAGCAGUCCACAGAAAAGGAAGAGGCUCGAACAAUCCCAGAAGGGAUCGCAGAAGGAUAAUAAUAACAACAACAGAGCUUUCCCAAGUGUGCUGAAAACGGUGUGGCUUCUAUAUGAUGCGUUCCAAAUGGAAGUGCUCUUGAUCAUCACUUUGGAACAAUAAUACAGAGAAUAAGCAAGAAGAUACUAUUACCAGUCUUGAGAAGGUCUGAGUCCCAUCACAGGUCGACUACCACCCAACGCCAACUCCUACGAUAGCUGCUGCUCACCCUCGCCAACUCCAUCUCCAAUUGUGGGUCAGAAUCGCUGGGGUAAAAAAGGGGUUUCCAGCUGACAGACCUCACCAUCAUGUUGCCUCUAACACAGGCAUGGGCAAACUUUGGCCCUCCAGGUGUUUUGGACUUCAACUCCCACAAUUCCUAACAGCCGGUACCAGUUGAAGUCCAAAACACCUGGAGGGCCAAAGUUUGCCCAUGCCUGCUCUAACAACAUCAAGCAGAAACUCAGACUUUAUAGAAAAUGUGCCGAGGAAGGCCUAGGUGACUUGAUAGUAGGCUCUAUUGGUGAACCCACAACGCACAUGAAAGAAGAACACCCUAAUAUGUGUGAUCUGAUGGGACCAACCUUGCAACUUAUUUUUAACCAUAUAGAGGACCUUAAUAGGAAACUGGACUUUCUAUAUGACUGUGUAUACUUAGUAGUUAAGGACAACUUAGAACAGCUGAACACCAGGGUGGGAGAGGCUGGGGGCAACAAGGGUCUCGAGGGUGAUUACUGUAAGGCUGUAUCUCCUACUGACUACAGAGUCGACAACAGGGGGACUCGAUCACCAAUAUCCUAGCUAGAAACCCACCCACAACAGCAAAUGCAACAACCGGAUAGGCUGGCCAUAGAGAUAGACUGACAACAACAGCGUAGCAGAGAGGACAACCUCGGGAACAAUGCAAUUUUAAAUUGCUUUAUGUCUAUCUCUGAUGUUUUAUCGUUUUCAUGGUUUAAUUUAUAAUUAUUUAUUAUUAAAAUUUUAUUAUUUGUGAGGCACUGAAUUUUGCCAUUUAUUUGCUGUGAACCGCUUUGAGUCCCCUCAGGGUUGAGAAAACUGAUAAAUAAAUGCAAGCAGUAAAUAAGUAUCUAUAAAGAAGGAAAUCUCUGCUCAAAAUACUCAGGGGCGCAAAAGUUUCUUUCUAAACAAUUUGAAACAAGGGUGUUGUGGUGCAGCUCACACAAACCCUAGGCUCCACACCGUAAACGGCUAUGGGCAUUGCAGUACAGUAACUGGAAGGUCACAAAUUCUGCCAUGGCUGGCUUCAGAUGUGCUAAAUUGAGCAUUAGCCUAUUAGCCAAGUGUCAUCGUCAGUCUUCCUUGAUUUUUCCAGGUUCAAUGGGGCAUUUAACAUUGCUGAUGGGAUUAUUUAACUUAGGAGUGUGUGUGCUGUAUUUACGAGAAACAAGACAGAAAUGUUGUUCUGAUCAAAUGGACAUUUGUUCACACUCUUGAAAAACUAGCUGUCUGUAACUAAGCCUUGAUCAAAUAUUGUUAAUUGACUUUGGAGUUGUAAUAAAUAUUCAAAGUUUG